ACCGUGUCGCUGCUGAGGGCAAUGAGUCGAGAUAGCCUCACCGAGCCCGUGCAGCCCUGUGCCCAGGCCGGGGGCCAGGAAGAGCCGGCACUCCCAGCACAGGCACGCAUCACACACGCACAUCAGCGCGGACGGCCAACACGCAGCUCCGCACACCGCGCUGUGCCAGCGGCCUCACCCCACGUCUCUCGGGCCGGGCCUCGGCCGUCGGAGACCCGAGGCGGCUGCCGGCACAACUCCGCACUCAGUCCUACAGCGGUUCCGAUACCGACUCGGCGCGAACCGGAACGCGGCCUGGAACAUACGGGAACCGGGGAGGCCGGAACUGCCCGUCAGCGCGGCUGUGUGGUAGCAGCGCCGGGGCCCGCCCCCGUUCCCAUGGCAGCGGCGCGGCCUGGCGGGCACGGGGCGCAGUGAGGCCUGGCUGCCGUCGGGAGCGGGGCGAGAUGGAGGGCGGGGGGCUGAGCGCGGAGGAGGAGUUCGUCGGCCAUGAGGGGGGGGAGGAUGACGAGGAAAAGAAGGCGCUGUCGGAAGAGGAGGAGGAGGAGAAGCAGGUGCCGGCCGCAUGUCCCCUGACGGAGGAGGUGCUGAAGGAGGGCCUCUCCCUCCUCUGCAAAAUUGGCAACGGCCUGGCGCACGCUUACGUGAAGUUUGAAGCCAAGUAUAAGGACUUGACAGACAUCAGCCUCCUUGAAUGUUUCAUUCACCUGCGGUAUGUGGAUUUGUCAGAGAACAAGCUGCAAGAUUUGUCUCCACUGAGCAGCCUAACCCACCUGCUUUGGCUGAAGGUGGAUGGGAAUCUGCUUACCAGUGCCCACAUGCAGGAGCUUCCCUACCUCCAGAUCGUCAGCUUUGCUCACAACCGCAUCAAGAAUAUGAAGGGCAUUACUCACCCCCACUUAGCCAGCCUCAGCCUUAAAGGUGGUACAAACUACUGUCUUCAUUGCUGUGCACAUAGAAAACUCUCUUUGAGUGGUAUUAACUGUCAUUAUUUCUUUGUCCUAUGGCACUCAGGAAAUAAAAUCCAGACAGCACUGGGUCUGAAUCAAGCACUGUAUAGCCUGCGUAUACUGGAGCUGCGAGGAAACAAGCUAGAGAGCACAGCAGGGCUUUGCCUUCCCAAGCUCAAGAAUCUCUAUCUGGCCCAGAAUACCAUUAGGAGCCUUGAAGGCCUUGAGGCACUAGAGCAGUUGUCAACUCUGCACCUGCGUGACAAUGAGCUUGAGACUCUGGAUGGAUUCUCUAGCAGCAUGAAGUGCCUGCAGUACCUCAAUCUACGGAACAAUGGGAUCAGUAGCUUGCAGGAAGUGGCAAAACUGCAGGUGCUCCCCAUGCUGCAGGCCCUGGUGCUGAUGGACAAUCCAUGCUCUGAUGAAACAAACUACCAGCAGGAGGUCCUGGUCCAGCUGCCACACCUGAAGCGCCUCGACAAGGAACCAGUUGAGAAAAAUUAGCAUGCAGAGGCAAAUGAAAUCCGUUAGAAAGGGCAGGAAGAGGAAAAGGAAAUGGAGGUAUCUCCCCAAGAUGAUGUAUCGAGUGACCUCUGGUUUAAAUCCCUGUUCCUUGUGAAGAUUUGGGGAUGCAUCUUCCCAUGUGCAAAGCAAGAGCUAUAGGUAUGAGGUUCACCUCAUUUUGCCUGGAGAGGAGUGUCCUGGAUGCUGCCUUCAGUUACUGCAGUGUUUUUACAGUCUCUGCACGUACAUCCUCAAAGUAGUCCCAGGAGGGAAAAGGGGGGUUACAAGUUGCGUGGUUUGAUAUAUGAUUUUCUUAUUUGGAUAAAAAUACUUAACGAAC